CCACCAGCGCUGCAGUAAGCAAACAAAUUUUGGCAUCUCUACUGUGUUCCUUAUCAUUUUUCUUCAUCCGCGGAAGUGAUGGAUUUGAGUGAUAAUAGCCAACUGGAGGAGCAGUACUUUGUUUACAAGCAUGAGCAGCUGUUCGGGGAGAGCUUCCCGUUGUUUAAGGAGAUCCGCAGGAUGGGCAAGCUGUGCGACGUCACCCUGAAGGUUGAAGAUCAGACAUUCUCCGCGCACCGCGUAGUGUUGGCGGCCACCAUUCCGUACUUCUAUGCGAUGUUCACCAACAACAUGGCCGAGAGCCGGAUCAAGGAGAUCACCAUGAAGGAGAGUGCCAUCGAGCCCAGCGCUUUGGAGAGCCUCAUCAACUACGUUUACAGCGGCCAGGUGCGCAUCGACAACCAGAACGUGCAGAGCCUGAUGGUGGGCGCCUCGUUCCUGCAGCUGUCCAACGUCCGGGACGCCUGCGCCAGCUUUCUGAUCUCCCGCUUCCAUCCGCACAACGUCCUGGGUAUCCGCACCUUCGCCGACUCCAUGAUCUGCCGACAGCUUAUCGAUGCCGCUGAUAAGUAUAUCGACCAAAACUUUGCCAAAGUCUCGCAGUCGGAGGAGUUUCUUGCCCUGGACUGCGAACAACUUCUAGAACUCAUGCGCCGAGAUGAGCUCAAUGUGCGCACCGAGGAGGUCAUUUUCGAGGCCUGCAUGAAGUGGGUCAAGUACGCGGAGGAAAAGCGCUCGGAAUUGUUCCCCCAGGUGUUGGCUGCAGUACGACUGCCACUGCUCUCGCCGCAGUUUCUGGCAGAUCGGGUGGCCCGCGAAGAGCUCAUUCGAUCCUCGCACCAGUGUCGUGAUCUUCUUGACGAGGCCAAGGACUUUCACCUGAUGCCUGAGCGUAGGGGACUGUUGCAAAGCUUUCGCACUCGCCAACGCUCCGGGGAGUUCUUCACUGGACAAAUUUACGCCGUGGGCGGACUGGCCAGCACGGGAGAGUCUGUAAGCACAGUGGAGAUCUACGACCCCAUCACCAAGAAGUGGAAAAUGGGCGAGCAGAUGUCUAUGAUGAGAUCUCGAGUGGGAGUGGCUGUACUGAAUGGCAAGCUCUACGCCUUCGGUGGCUUCAACGGCACCGAGCGCCUCUCCACCGUCGAGGUGUACGAUCCACGCAAGAACAAGUGGUCACAAGGCUGUGCCAUGCUGUGCAAACGCAGUGCGGUGGGCGUGGCCGCCCUUGAUGACUGUAUCUAUGUGUGUGGUGGCUACGACGGCGUCACCUCGCUCAACACCGUUGAGGUUUACUACCCCAAGACCAACACCUGGAAGACUGUUGCUCAAAUGAUGAAGUAUCGAUCGGCUGGUGGUGUAACCCAGUUGAACGGCUAUGUUUACGCGUUGGGCGGCCACGAUGGAUUGUCCAUAUUCGACUCGGUGGAACGGUACGACCAGAACGAGGAUGUUUGGGUGAAGAUGUCGCCCAUGCUGAACCGCAGAUGUCGCCUGGGCGUGGCCACGCUGAACGGGAAGAUAUACGUUUGUGGCGGUUACUGCGGCAACUCAUUCCUGCGCUCUGUAGAGUGCUACGACCCGCAGACGGACACCUGGAAGCUGGUGACGCCUAUGAACUGCAAGCGGUCGCGUGUUGCCCUGGCCGCCAACAUGGGCAAGCUGUGGGCCAUUGGCGGUUACGAUGGCGAGUCUAAUCUAUCCACGGUCGAGGUGUACGAUCCGGAGACCGACAAAUGGACCUUCAUGCCGCCCAUGUGUGCCCACAGUGGAGGCGUCGGAGCCGGGGUCAUUCGGAUCGAGUAGCCCGCUCAAUCUGCCAGCCAAAUCCGUUUCUCUAGCCACUCUCGACUUAGGUAAUUUAUGUGAAUUGAAUCGAUAUAGUCUAGCCUAGAUACGAUUGUUGAGUGUAACCAAGCUUUAGCGACCUCUUAUACGCGGUCGCCUCGUGUGCAGCUCAGCUCAGCUCCUUCAGGUCUGUCAAAAUUGUUCAUGUAUUAAUCACGGUUCUUUUAGUGUUUGUCAUUCCAGUUAUGUAAUUGUUUAGUUUCUACGCCUAGCCUUAAAUACUCACUAAAUUUUAAAUCCUUCAAAUAAACAUGUGUAAUUCAUGUUCAGUGAAAA